AUGAAUAACGAAUAUAUCAUCUCGCUUUACAAUGCUCGAACACAGUUUGGUCGUUAUAUAUCAAUUCCCGUUUGGUUGAUUGGUGUUUUAAGUGAAAUUUGUAGUAUAAUUGUUUUUCUUAGUCUCGAAACAUUUCGACAAAAUUCUUGUUCAUUUUAUCUUUUAUUUAUGUCAAUAUUUAGUUUGAUUCGAUUAUUAUUUAGUACAUCACUUAUAACUAUUUCUAUUGCAUUCACAAUUAAUUGGCAACCAGCUUUAAUUUUUUAUUGUGAAAUAAGAAAUUUUGUUGCUGCAUUUUCUGCGAUUAGUGCAACAACAAUGUUAUGUUCGGCAAUAAUUGAUCAAUAUUUUGCAACAUGUAAUCAUCCACGAUGGCAAAGAUGGUCGAAUAUUAAAUUAGCUCGUCGAAUCACAUUCAUUGUUACAUUGAUAUGGAUGGGACACGCAAUUGUUUAUAGUAUUUAUUUUCGAGAACUCUCACCAGCAAAUACAGCUAUUUGUAUUCCAUCUAAUCUAAUAUUUCUUCGAUAUGAUAUUUAUGGAAAUCUUCUAACCAUCGGUAAUAUAUUACCAUUAAUUGCAGUCAUAUUUGGUAUAUUAUCAUAUAGAAAUGCAAGAACAUUAACAACAAGAAUAAAUCCACUUGUUCGUCGUGAAUUAGAUAAACAAUUAACAAGUAUGGUUCUUGUUCAAAUUUGUGUUUAUAUUUGUACAUAUUUACCUUAUAUGAUUACAAAUGGAUUUCUAUCAUUAUAUAUGAGCAAUGAUCGCAUUUUACUUGCUCAAAUGAAUUUAAUAAAUGCAAUUGUACUGACAUGGAAUAUUUUUACUAAUGGGAGUUCAUUUUACACAUAUAUAUUUGUAUCAAAAAGAUUUCGUCGUCAAGCCAAAUAUGUUUUAUAUGAAAUUUAUAUGAAUCGAUUCCGACAAAAUCGCAUUGAUCCAAUUCAAAUUGUUAGUAUAGAUAUGUGA